GACAGGUUCUCCUCACCGACUUUUUGAUCCGUAAAAAAAUAUUGCCAUUGUCAAAUUAGCGACUGAGCGAGGAGCCGACUUGAUGAACAUAACCGUCUGAGGAAGUCUAAAAUUUUCUGUUUUUAAAAACAGAAAUAAUCCGAUUGUGUUAAGCGACGAAAGAGUUCCUCGAAACUUAUCGACGACAAGUGUAUACAGUUAAGAGAUGUACCUGUUAAACUGAGAAAAAUAUCAACUUUAACAAAUACAACACCAGAUUUUCCUUAAAGGUAAGCUUUGUCUCUCACAGACAGCAGAAAUAGGGCUUUCUGUGUGCUAGGUAUGAAAUAUUAUUAGAAGAGUGGGAAAUUAGAUCAAAGACAUUUCAUAUUCUGAUGCAAUAGUUUUCUUGAUUAUCGGCCGCAGCGUUCUUGACAAUCUUACAUUUCGUAUUAUUGCAUUAUCUUAUUAUUCUGUAAUUAUUCCCUUUACUUUAAAAGCUAACUCAAGGUCGAGUAUAAAAUGAACUAAUUUAAAAGGCAUUUCUUUUCAAAUUGAAGCCUUUUUGUAGGGUGUCGGUUUAAGUUUUUAGUUCAAGUACAGAAAGAAGGCACUCCAAUAAUCUCGUUUAGUUAAUCAGUUUUUAUUUUCCUUUUAAUAGCCGCGAAAAAAUCUGUAUGAAAAUGUCCAAGGUUUUCUACAAUAUGUAAGGUUUUCUAAAAAUCUUAUAUCAAACAAAUUUAGUGAAAACAAAUGGGAAAUCGACUAUGUACUUAAGAACCCCGAAUCCUGGCUGCUAUUAAAUAAUUUAGCCUCAAGUGAUUAUCGUUAGAGCGAUAUUUAACCUAUCCAACUUGGACGUUCGCUGGUGAAACUUUCUUUAUAGUGGCUGUAAGAGAGCUAGAAGGCGCAUAUAUAAAGAAACAGAGGGUGUUUUAAGAGAUCAAUCAAAGGUAGAGUAAGGCAUUACAAGGCGCCGAAACUGAGAGAGGCUUCCCACGGUCAAAAGUUAAUCGUCACUUUCUUCAGGUACCUGUUGUUCAGCAUCUAUUCUGUCAGUAAGGGCAAAUUAUUGCGGCUACUUCACCAUGACCAUUCUGCCAUAAAAACAAUCAUUGUCCAUUUUCUCCAAUUCGAAAAAAAAAGUUAAACGUAUUUUUCCACUCCGCGGCAAGUGGCUUUCUCGAUGUUCAGUGAAAGAGCUCGGCGAUGCAGAAACAGUAAAAAUUACUGUCAGACAAUUGUGACAAUCGAUUGUCAACUGAGUGCGUUAAAAGUUGCGGAGUCGUGCAAACCUGGCCUUUAUUGUUUUUUGUCUUGACUCCUUUUAAUCCCAGCUGGGCAGUACUUUCAUGCAUGUAUCUGCCACUGAUCAGUGCCUUUGGUGAAAAAUAAGAGUCCAGAAUAACAUAGAGUCUAUCAAAUUAUAGCUUGUGGCAGUGGCGGAUACAGGGGAGGGACCCAGGGGGCCCGGCCCCCCUUAUUUUGCACUCCAUACUGAGGCCCAAAGAGCCCAAAAAAUUGUUUUGGAGACCGCGUUGCUUAUUUUAUAAUAACUGAGCGAAUCCUCGCGCGCUGAUUGAUCGAGAGCGUUGGUCUAUUUAACAAUUAUUCCUCGAGCCCAAAUGGGCUGUGAGUCAAUAGCCCAUGAGACCUCAUGAGCUAUUGACUCAGAGGCCAUGAGGGCGAGAGGAAUAAUUGUUUUAGUAAAAUCCAACUAGUUGGUCAAAAAUAUCAAAACAAAACAACUUAAAGCAAGACUCUAAUCCUUUUUUGCCGCCAAAAAUCAGUCGCUUUUCGCUACUGGUGGGCCAUAACAUAUAACCUAGUAGUAGCUCAACCAAUCAGAACGCAGCAUUGAUUGACUAGUUGAAUUUUACUAAGAGUAUAGACCAUGGAAAUGACGUAACAUGUCACGCAAUGCUGGUUGUUUUGUUUUUGGUUUUUCGUAAAAAAUAAAUGUUAUUGUAAAAAACAAAUCGAGCACAAUUUUCCAUGGUCUACACUCUUAUAGACCAUAGAAAUGACGCCAUAAAAUGUUCAAAGCUUUGCAGUGAAACCACUCGGCUGCGGCUCGUGGUUCCACUUGAGUUUUAAUCAUUUUAUGACGUCAUUUCUAUGGGUCUAUAAGAGUGUAAACCAUAGAAAAUUGUGGUCGAUUUGUUAAAAACUUGAGCUUCAGCUUCUAACCCAAAGUAAUUCUUUGGUUAUCUUCCCGCUAAACAUUGUAAUCCAAUCUAUCUGACAUACUCUGAGACAUCUGUCACAUGUACAUUUUGUGACAAAUCACUCGAGAACGCUCUGUAACAUUUAUUCAGCAGUCUUAUCAUGACAGACACACCCAAGCCCGACCCUGUGGAGGGGGAAGGAGAGGAGAGUGAAAAGAGCAAGGGAAAGAAAAGCAGCUUUCCCAAACGAUAUAUCGUAGCCAUUAUGAUUUUCCUUGGUAUCUGCGUGCAGUACGCUCUCCGAGUAAAUCUUAGUGUCGCCAUUGGAGCUAUGUGUAAUAACCAUACGAUUCAACAAAAUGGUUUCACCAUACAGAAGGUAUGUGCUACAGGUCUUUUGCGAUCUUGCUUUGCAAUAAAACAGAAAAUUUUUUUGACAGGAAAUCCAAUGUUCACUAUACUUUUAAAAACUCCUUAUUUGAAGAAUGUCUUUUGCAAAAAGAGAGCACUUAAAAUCCCGAAAAAUGAAUUUAAAUAAGCCGUUGCAAUUAGCCAAAAAGAGCCGGGAAAAUUCUUCCUUAACGUUUUUUUUAAAUACUGAUACAUUAUAUAGUUUAUGUUGUACAAAACCUCUGGCAUCAGACCAUGCAAAUAAUAAGUACUACAUGGGAAAUUUCUGCAAUUUGAUUGGCUUACAGCAGUGGUAUUUCAGCUUAAUUUGAAAUACCUACAUGUGAAAAUUUAUUUGGGUGGUAGUAUAAACAAAUAACAGCAUGAUUUGAGCGGGAUAUUUCAAAAUUGUCUCAAAUUUCACUAGCCUAACGACUCGUGAAAUUACGUAUAGCAAUUUCGAAAUAUCACUCGUGGUAUUUAUUCCAAAUAUCACUACAAAUCAUGCUGUUACCUAUACUAAUCUUUAUCUUUCUUUCAAAGAAAGCUGAAUUCGAUUGGAGUUCAAAGCUUCAAGGUGGGUAUGUUACACACUAUUCAUAAAGCCCCGUGCAAACGGACGCAACAUUGUUGGCCAAUAACUCCCAAUAUUGUUGGAUGUUGCAUGUUGCGUCCGUUUGCACACCCUGUUCCAUGUUAUUGAAUGUUGUUGUGUGUUGUUGGGAGUUGUCGCAUCCGUUUGCAUACAACAGCUAACAAGGACACAACAACUCUUAAUAUUGCAUUGUUGGCCCAACAAUGUUGCGAGUUGCUGCGUCCGCUUGCUCGUAGCUUAAGAAAGACGUUUUUACAGGCAGCAUCUUGCUAUGUCAGUCUAAUACUAGACGCAAAAUUGAUCAAACUCGAGGAUAUGAGAACGCUUACGCUCAUUUUGAGUCUCUGUGACAGCGCAGCUCCAUAGCUAAGAAAAUUUGGUUACUAUACAUGCAAGAGAGUUUGCUAGUCACCUGACCGUACAUCCCCACCUGCCCGUCCGCACCAAAGGAAACCAGUGUGAAACGUUACACUUUCUAGCUAGUGCGUCGCUAGUGUGGGAGCCUAGCUGCAAUCUGAUAUUGCUCAUCAAUGUUGUGAUCAAUUGACUGCUGUCAAAACAACGUAUCCACUCACCAGUAUUACAUGACCGUAUAGCGGGCUCCGGUGUCAACCCAAUCUGAUCAAUACGAUUCAAGUUAAUAAGAUAUACAUAUAGAAAUACCACUUGCUUGUUUUUUAAAGAUAACGCGUUUUUUUUUUCACAAAGGAACAAUUCUUGGCGCAUUUUAUUACGGCUACACUGCUAUGCAGAUCCCAGGAGGCUGGCUUGGUCAGCGGUUCGGAGGAACAAGAGUGUUCGGAAUCUGUCUCGGAAUUGCUUCGAUCCUGACUAUGCUAACGCCAAUAGCGGCACGAACAAGUGUCGCUGCUCUGAUUACUCUCAGGGUGAUAGAAGGGCUUGCGUUGGUAGGUUCUUUAACUAAUUUCCUUGAUUUUAACAAACCAUUCGCUUUCCAAACUCCGAUACUACCCUUUUCAAAAUUCUGUCAGCUGCAAGACUCUCCUAUGAAAUAAAUGUUUGUUUAUGUUGUUUCAUAUUUUUAAUGAGAUUUGAAGACUAGUUUAAUUUAAACGAUUUCGCUAGCCUGAGAAAACAGCCGACAUUUUGCGACGCUACCACUGGUUUCCCCGCCAAAUGACGUCUGAGAAACGAGCGCAGAAAUUCCAUACUGAUGACGCGUCACUUCCCAAAUCUGGGUAAUGCUUCUGAUUGGUCCUGCCGCGUGGGAAAUUUGAUGCAAUCAAUCAGAAGCACUACCCAGAUCUGGGUAGUGACGCGUCAUCAGUAUGGAAUUUCUGCACUCGUUUCUCAGACGUCAUUUCGCGGGGAAACCAGUGGUGGCGCCUCGAAAUGUCGGCUGAUUUCUCAGGCUACGAUUUCGCACUUAUCCCCGCAAAAGGGUUGGGAAAUUCCGAAAUGGCUUUUUUAAAAACUCAUUUCUCUUUCAUUUCUGAUGAAUCGAAAAGGGAAACGAAGGUCCAGACCAAUUCUGUACUGUAAAAUGUUUUGGCUCCUUUCUUACCAUACCGUUGUAAUAAAUACUAUCUAUGUGUUACCAUGUUCCAAAGAGUAAGUAAGUGAAUAUUGCUGGGGGUUAAAGAAAAGGAAAGGAGAAGUGACAGAAAUAAUUGUAGUAACUUUGCAUACUUCGAGGCCUUCUCAACUCUAUGCUUAAUGAAAGAACCACCCUCAGUCAGACAUUAGUUGUAACUAUGAGAUUUUUCUGUUUCACGCCUUCUAAGGGAGCCCUUUUCCCUUGUAACCACGCCAUCUGGAGCAAAUGGGCUCCGCCCGCAGAGAGGACUCGACUGUUCACGAUCACUGUCGCAGGUAAAAAAAAGCCAUCAAGUCAUAUAUGUGGUUAUCUUUUACUUUUAGGCCUCCAUUCAAAGACCUUUCUCAACUCACCCUGUAGAGGUGUGCCGGUUAUUGAAUCCUUAACUGAGUUUCAGAGCCGUUAACUUUAACUUUUAUAUUACUAAAUUUUCAGUAAUAAAAAUGCAAGGAAAUAAUUGUAUCCAAGAAAACUGGGGAAAACCUCGAACAGGAUUUAACAAUCCCUUUCAAGGAGGUCACCACAACUAAAUGAAAUAAUUAAGAGACUAUUUUACAAAUGUAUAAUGAAACGUAAUUAAAUAAAUAAAGCUUAACAUUAGGCAAGCCGUACAAUCUCGGAGAAAAAGAUUUAGCUUAAUGGCACUAAGCUCUCUUUCACUGCAGAGAAAAGUCUCUGCAUGAAUUGAGGGCUUUAGGGUCUUGUAUGACUGACCUGUAUUUUUUCAGAGCAUUAUCAGUUGUUUUGGCGUGUUAAUCCGAUGACAAACGAUACUGAUUCCGAUUCUCUUCAAGAAUUAUAUAAAAAAUGUUUCUUAUAUAUCACGCGGGGAUUUAACACUGAAUCAUGUCAUUAACAAACAGAAAACAGGCAGCGUGGCCGAGUGGUGGCCGAGUGAUCAGCGCGUCGGACUCGCAAUCCGGCGGUCCCGGGUUCGAGUCCCGCUCUGGCCACUUGCUGGAUUUGUGCUCGGUCGUUCCGAGUUCAACUUCUCGGCCACGCUUGUAAAUAGCCAACUGGUUGCCUUCUGCCAGUUGGGGUUUUUAAUCCUGUUAUGUUGUAUUUGAAUUAUUUGUUUCUAAUAUUUGAGUGGAGUGCCUGUAAAUUAGCUGGACAAGCUAAGUGCAAUUUCCUCUAUAAACAAGCCUUUAACCUAACCUUUUAACCUUUUUAAAACACAAGUCAGAUUUUAUCGGUGUUAAAAGUUUUGGCUUUUUUCAUCAGACCUAGUUCUUUUUUGAAAUUCAGAUUUGUAGCAACUUGGAUAUGAAAAGAUUCACUUACCCAAAUCGAGGUGCACUAAUCGUCUCCCAAAAAAAAACUUGAAAUCAACACUUUUUAUUUUCCACAGGCCUCUAUAAAUUAAGAAACCUAACGCGCUUUUUUUUCAUGUGAAGGUUGUCCAGUUGGUACCAUUCUCUCUAUGCCGCUUAGUGGUAUCAUGUCUAAAUAUGGUUUCGAUGGCGGUUGGGCGUCUGUCUUCUACUGCUUCGGUAAGAGCCUGUAAGAACAUCAAUUGUAUUAUGUUUUUGAAAACCUAAUUUCUUUCUUUAGUGUAUACUUUUUACGCAGUAUCUGUUCUCGUGAUUUUGUUUUCAUCAACGUAUUUUAAUAGCAAAAUUUGCGAGCAGAUACCUUUUUAUGAUUUUUUUCUGGGUUUUCUAUUUUUCUUUUUCAACGCCGGCAAAAAAAUCUUGAUGACUGUGCAUGUAGUGGGUGAUAUGUAAAAUCUCAAGCUAAACCAUUCCUAGUUUUAUUCAGAAUUUCCUUUGUAUUUUAGCCUUCGGAGACAAAUGAAAUUUUGUUCAAAUUCAUUAUAUUUAAGGAGGAUGAAAUAAAACAAAGUAAAAUACCGUGUGAUCAAACAGUUACUUUCAAUUGGUUGUUUAGGCGCAAUUGGCCUUUUGUGGUUCUUUGUCUGGCAGCUAGCGAUCCAUGGCUCCCCAUCCGAGCAUCCAACCAUUUCCCCUGAAGAACGAGACUACAUAGAAAAAAGUAUAGCACUACUACCACCUGCAAAGGUAAAGUGAGAGUUGAUAUAAUAAACACUAGGUGGAAGAGUGUUCCAAAUGGUUAUCAAAACAGCGAGGUCUGCCUUUGCAAUAUUUCUAACUGAUAUCAAUGUGUUGAAGUUUAUUCAGUUUAUUUUUCAUUAAAACAUAAUAAUAAUAAUAAUUUAUACAGCGCUCAUAUCCUGAGCUCAUGGCGCUUUACGAUGUAAAAAAGGGGAAAAUGAAUAAUUUACAUAUCACAAAAAAUAUUAAAAAUUAUAUUUACAAUCAUUAUAUUACAGGUCUUAAAAUCAUAAAGUUUACGAAAACAAUGACCCACUCUCUAAAAAUUGCCUAAAAAAAUAUGUUUGCAAUUCUUUCUUAAAACCAGUUAAAGAUGGUGACUUACACAAAUCUAAUGGCAGUGAAUUCCACAGUUUAGGGGCACACACUGAAAAAGCCUUGUCCCCGUAAGUUUUCAUUUUCGUGAUUGAUAGAGGUUGGUCUAACAGCUGCUUAAAUGCGGACCGCAAGAACAUAAAAAGUUCUCUUUAAUUUCGUCUAGUGACAAGGCCAAUGCUCAAUCGACGUCACCAUUUUCCCACUUUUGAUUAACUAACGGUAUGAAUCGUUUGUCACGAAGAUGUGCAGUUAUCCUGACGGCAGAGUUUUAAUUUUCUAUAGUUUUUCAGAAAGAUAGAAGUAUUCUACUUUGUAACAAAUGAAUCGAGUAGACAGGAAUACACAACAUGAUUAGAUUAAGGCAAACUUGAACCAAACUUAAGCCUGCUAUCAUUUUUUUUUGUACUUCAGAAAGGGCAAGUUCCAUGGAAAUCCAUUAUUACUUCCGGUCCCGUGUGGGCCAUCAUAACGGCGAACUUCACCGCCGACUGGGGCAUGUACACGAUCCUGAUCUGUCUACCUAAAUAUUUCAUCGAGGUUUUGCACUUUGAUCUUGCUAAGGUACGUGCUAUGCCAAACGUAACGAAAACAAGUGCUCAAGGGGUACUUGUGUCACUGACCUGCGUAAACUUUUUUAUCAGAAAACUGUAAAACAUACGUAUUCCGGAUUAAAUGGGCCCUUAAAGAAAGACUAACUGAUUAACUAAGAGGUGCUUGGGGCACAAAUUAGGUAAUGCAGACUAAUUUGUGUACGGGGGGCCUGGGGAAAACAUAUAAAAAUAGGUAUGCAAGGGAUGCUUGUACACUGAACUGCUUUAUGUUUGAAACCUUUACAUUGGCUCAAAAUAGGCACGCAAGAGGUGUUUGUGUCAUUGAUGUUAUGUAUAUCCCACAGCACAAGAAACGUACGUCCGCUUUUCAUAAAUCAUCAAAAGUUAAAUAUUUGGAUACUAAAUUAGCCUGUCCCUUUGAUUCCUUGAUUAACAGACAGGAUUCCUAGCCGCCUUACCAUAUGUCGUGAAGGCAUUUGUCGGGCCAGCAGGAGGAGUUCUUGUUGACUGGCUCAUUAAGAACAAGAUGACGGUGAAGAACACCAGAAGAUGCGUUUUCACAGUUGGUAAGAUAAAUAAUUUCAUGUGGCUGAACAAAUCCCUUUCGAUUAAAUAAGUGUGAACUUCAUGAGGGUAUUAUGCAUCCUUAAGACAUUCAAAAUGAGUCAGCCACUUUUUGGUGUAUCGAAAGCAAUGAAAAUAGAACCUUAUCUUUAAAGAGGAUGCCGCACGCAGGUUUUAAAAUAAAGACAUUGCUUAUUGCGAGACUUGACGAACCCGACGCACUCCCUCUUUGGUUUCAUCGUAAGUUACCAGCAAAUCGGCGAUACGUUUUUUCAUCGCAAACACUUAAAGGAUUCGAGGACUAACAAUUGUUCGCGCGGUCUCACUCUAUUAUUUUAUAGCCGGCGUUGUAGACGUCCUCCAACCCAUUUCCGCCCGUGUAUAAUUUAUGGAGACUGUUAUUUUCCUUCCUCCAGGUUGUACAACAGCGUCGUUAUUUAUUCUGAUCACUGGCUACGCCUCGUCUCCAGCUCUUGCUGUUGCCUUUCUCACUAUUGGUGUCGGUAUAACCGGUCUGAACGCUUCCGGUUACGCCGUCAACAUUCUAGAUAUUGCGCCUCAGUAUGCAGGCGUAAUCAUGGGUGUAACUAAUGUGUUUGGUGCUUCGCCAGGCUUUAUCAGCCCGCAGAUUGUUGGGAUUGUAACUCCUAAUAAGGUAAUACGAAAGCUCUUCAUAUAUUGUCUUAUGAAUACAAAGAUUAGGUUGUUAACGAUGCACUGAGGGAAAAUCUGUUUUUUGUACAACUUCAAAAAUCCAAAAAAGCUUUACUUGUUUAGCACUGGCAAAAGGAAAAUACUCUCCAAAGUUUAUUUCGAGACAGCUAUUCAUACGAGUAGAAAUUGUUUUCAUGUUCAUUUCAUGUUCUUUCAUAAUUUAGAGAUCAUGGAAAGCUAUGAUGGAAAGAAAUAUCGUCUUGAAAAAGACGAGCUAACGAUUAAUUAUUUGUGUUUUAGAUGAAAAUGAAACUAACAUAAUUAUAUCUCCACUAGUUUAAAAACUUAUUUCACUUAACUCUUGAUUCAUGUGAAUAAACUGAUUGAAAUAAAAUUUUGUCCAACAAAAAUAUUAAUUCUAAGGAGCAGCUCAUGUCGAUAUUGUUUCAGUGGAACACUUUUUUGCAUUUAAAAAAUUAAUUUGUAAUUCUUAGGCAAAAUAGUGAGUGAGCAUGAUUUCUAUUGGACAAUACGUAUAUGAACAAGGUCAACUCCAGGUUCGCAUUCGCUCCAAGCCUAAAACCAUAAAUUAGUCAACUAUACUUUGGUAUUAAUACUGGCUUUGUCAAGCUAUGUAAUCAUCGUGUUGUCUACAGAACUGAUUAAACUGUUCAAAUGUAACUUAAGUUUAAUUAUUCUUUCUUUAGACUGCUGGCGAAUGGAGAAUUGUAUUUUGGAUCACUGCCAUAGUCUAUAUCAUCGGUAUCGUGAUCUUUGGUUUGCUGGUGUCAGGUGAAUUGGAGCCGUGGGCGAACACGAGUAGGGAAGAGGAAGAGGAUGACAAAAAGGGAGGAGAAGAGGAAAAAGGAGAAGAAAAGCAGGAUAAAUCGGACGAAGAAAAGAAAGAUGACGAGAAAGCUACAGAGGAGAACAAGGAAGAAAGCAAACAGGAUCAAAAGACAGAAGGAACUCCUUCAUAAUGAUCCGCAGAUUUAAAUUAUAAUGCUAGGUCUUGAUGUCAUCCUAGUUACCAGAAAUAAAAAUCUUUGACCUCUUAAAGAAUAUGUGCAAGUUCAAC